CCGAGGCAGGCGACAGGCGACAGGCGAAGAUGGAGAACGCUGCGCCACAGCUGCACAAGCAGGCGGAAGCCCGUGCACCUUGCGCGACUGACUAUGACGAUGAUGUCGUGGACGCCUUUGAUGCUCGGGAGGUGUUUGACCUCAUUCGAGACAUCAACGACCCAGAACACCCACACACCUUGGAGGAGCUCAACGUCGUUCAAAUGAACCAGAUUGACGUGGACGACACCGGCAACGCUGUGCGUGUGCAAUUUACACCGACCAUCCCCCAUUGCAGCAUGGCAACGCUGAUUGGCCUGUGCAUUCGUGUGCGCUUGCUUCGUUCGUUGCCACGUCGCUUCAAAGUGGACGUGGAAAUCUUCCCUGGCUCACACGUAUCGCGUGACCAAGUGAACAAGCAGUUGAGUGACAAGGAACGCGUUGCGGCGGCGUUGGAAAACCCAAACCUGCUUCAAGUCGUGAACCAGUGCCUCUCUCAUUGAUGUGCGCAUGCUCCCUCAUAAUUGACACUCCCCUUCCCCCCCCCCCUUCUUACUGCUGU